AGCUGAGGGGAGGAAGAGCGGAGUGUUCAUGGAGUUGCACUGACAAGCCUGAGAGGUGUCGCCUUCUGUUCCCAAAGAAAUCCCUUCCAGAAUGGACCUCAUGACUGAGCUACCAAGGAUGGUUCUUUUCCUGAUGUCUCUACUUUUACAGCUCCAAGGUAUUCAGGGGCUCACAGCAGAGGAGGAAGAUUUCCGAUUUUGUGCUACAAGAAACCAAACUCAGAGAAGUUUCAUCUAUUACAGAAAGCAUACAAACAUCAUCAGCAUUGUCAACGAUGCCUUUGGACUGUACAUAAGUGCGCCAUUCCCUCCAGAUUCCAGAAAUUAUUCUCUGCAAAACCGUAAUGGACUUUACCGCUUUUGCGUUUAUGGGCAACAGGAAACUGGCCUUUUCAUGCUUCAGUAUGGAAACCUCAGCUACAACCUGAGUACAGAGGCCAAAGGUUUCCUCUGCUCUUCCAAUGUGUCUGGGCAACACAGUCCAGGUGGCACCUCUGUUCUUCACAGUGUCUCCUACGCCUAUAACAAAGGAGCUCACAACAAGUCCCUCCCAGACUCCUCCGCCUACAAGAUCCGCUUCCAUGAUCCUGAAAGUGCUCACCAAAAAAUUUCUCUCCAAGUGUGUGAAGUGGAAAAAGAACUUGAGAAGUUAGCAAAUGGCAUGGAAUAUCCUAAUCAUGGCAGGAGAAACAAUUCUGGAACCUUCUAUCACUACCUGCAGCGCUUGGAGACAUAUCUGGAGAAAAUGGACUUCAAGGAAGAGAACAGGACUUUGGGGAAGGGCCCGCGGCUGCGUGCCAGUGUCUGGAAAGUUCCACCCCGCAAGGCCUCUCAAAACUUGACCAUUCAUUCUAAACUAAAGGAGAACAAAGAGAUCCGUGGCUUUGAUGUGACUCUGCCAGGUGCCAUCUUUGCAAUGCCUAGAGGACGUAAGCAAGAGAGGCCGUCAAAGGUGGUCUUGAUGGAAGUCAGUAACCAGACCCUCUUCCAGUCCCGCCAAAAUUCCAGCUGGAUCCUUGGUGGACAGGUGUUCGGCCUCUCUGUGACAGGCAAACUAGUCUCUGGUUUGCCCAAGGAGGAGCGGGUGGCUCUCACGUUCUGGCACAACCAUCUUCUGAAAAAUGCAACUCCACAGUGUGUGUUUUGGGAUACAAGCUCCACUGCUGGCCAGUCUGGCUUCUGGAACAUGUCUGGUUCCGAAGUGAAAGCAGGAAGGAAUCGCACCAUCUGCCUUUGGGAUCAUCUCACCUUCUUUGCGGUGCUGAUGACGUCCUCCCCGGAUCUUGACUACAUUCACAACGACUACCUGACUGUGAUCACCUAUUUUGGCUGUAUCAUUUCAGCUCUGGCGUCGUUCUUCACCAUCUGCUUUUUCCUUUGCUCCAGAAAAAACGAGAGGGAGAACAUUGUCCAUAUCCACAUGAAUCUUCUCUGGGCCAUCUUCCUCCUUGACAUCAGCUUCCUCAUCGCCGUGCCCCUGUCAGCUACUGAAAACCAUGUGGCGUGUAAGGCAGGCGCCAUGUUCCUGCACUUCAGUCUGCUCGCUUGCCUGACCUGGAUGGGAAUUGAGGGCUACAGCCUUUACCGACUCGUGAUCGAGGUCUUCGAUUUCUCCACCAGGAGCUUCCUCCUCAGGAUGUGCCUAGUGGGCUGGGGGCUUCCAAUAUUUCUUGUGAUUGUGAUCCUUGCGGCUGCUGAAUCAAACUAUGGACCAUACUCGAUUAGAGUGUACGAGACCUCUGAUAGAUAUACUAAUGCAACCAUCUGCUGGAUAACAAACAAGGAUAUUAACAGCUUCCUAAAUUUGGGCUAUCUAAGCUUGGUGCUCCUCUUUAAUAGCAUCAUGCUGGCUGCUAUGGUGCGAGUCAUCUUCAAACUCAGGCACCGGGAUUACCACCAGUGGCAAUACGUGGUGAUGCUCCUGGGACUGAGCUGUGUGCUCGGCAUCCCAUGGGGGCUGGCCUUUUUCUCAUUCACUUUUGGGACCUUCCGGCUUGCAGCCCUCUACCUCUUCACCAUCAUCAACUCCUUCCAAGGCUUCAUCAUCUUCCUUUGGUACUUGGCAAAGAUUGUGCAGGCUCGCCGCUCUGUCUCAGCAAAGCUGAUGUCUUCAAACAGCGCAAAGCUUCAUUCCAGCAGCAGUAUGCUGUGACCUGGUGCGGUUAGCUGAGCUUGAGGUUGUGUCCAUGACCUCCUCGAACCCAGGUUGGGAAACUUUUGGAGAUUUGGGGGUGGAGGCUGGAGAGCACAGGGACCACAGUGGAGUACAAUAAUGUCCUUCCUCCAAAACCUCUAUUUUCUCCAGAGAAAUGCAUCUCUGUAGUCUGGAGAUGAGCAGUAAUUCUGGGGGAUCCCCAGGUCCCACCUGGAGGCUGGUAUCCCUACUUGAACCUCCUCACAAAAGAGGCCUGUAUAUAUGUAUUAUUGUGCACAUGGGGCGGGGCAGGCACUUGCAUCCUGAAAAUAAUAUAUUUGUGUGAUGUCUUUAUUUCUAAUGUACAUAGAUCUCUCAUUUUUUUGCAAGCAAUGUGUGUAAGUUUCUAAGCGCUUAAAAUCCAUACUGCAAUUAUUAAAGAAAAAAAGUCUCCUUCA